AUGCCCAAGCGGGGCCGCCCGGCGUGUGCUCCGAGCGUUACUGGUUACUCGCGGGAGAUCUACGAGAGGACCAGGCAGCUCCUGUUCCGCGGGGCCAAGGCCUGCAAGGACCACGCGUGGGAGGAAGGCUGUGCAGUGGUGGAUCUGCCAGAGUCCCCGAAGCUGGGCCCCAUGGAGGCCCCUCGGGCCACACGGGGGCAGAUGCUGAUCGGACCAGACGGCCGCCUGACCCGGAGGGGAGCCCAGGCCUUCGAAGCCGAGGCGCCUGGGGCAGCGCGCAGAGCCUGCUCCUCCUGCGUGCGAACGGGAGCGGUGGACGGAGCGGCCUGCGGCCAGUGUGAGCGCGCCCUGUGCAGGCACUGCGUGCGCACCUGCGGCAGCUGCGGGACUAUGGCCUGCACCCUGUGCGCGCUCGUGGACUGCAGUGACGUCCACGAGAAAGUGCUCUGCGCCAGCUGUGCCAUGUUCGAGGCCUGAGGGCCGAGCGGACGUGGCCUUCCAGGCAGGACGGCCUCCCGGUGUGACGCAGAGGGACCCGGGAGUGG